GGAAUUUUGAAUGUUUUCAACCCAUUGGGGUAUUAUUCUUAAAUCAGUUAUCUAUUAUAAAUAAUGUUGUAAUGAGUGUUUUUAACAUUGAAAUUCAGAAGAAACACGAUAAAUAAACAAAUAAUAUCGUUUAUCAAUAUUACCAAGGUUAAGAAAGUUCACGUGUACAAUUAUUAUAUAUAAAAGUUACUUUACAUUAUUUUACACUCAAUAAAUUUGCAUUUUAGACAUCAGCAAAAUGUGCAAGAAUAUUUUUAUUAUUCUGGUAGUUUUUACUGCUGCCCAUAGUAGUGCAGGUAGAAUUUACAUACCAAGUGUAACCGAAAUAGAAGAAUAUUCCAAGCUGGUUAGAGAGAUAUUUGUCGAGUGGACAACCCGAGCUGAUUACGGUUUAUUGGAUGAACUUAGCAAAUACAUCGAUAAAUCGAGAGAUACAUGUCAAAACUUUGAACAGAAACUGAAUGUGACUGUUACCGAAGUGAUAAGAUGCCAAGAUGAAAUAAAAGUAGGUGGAAAUACAGUAUGUAACACGGUGAAGUCUAUCAUCACAAAGUGUACUGUACCAGCGAGACAAUUAUUAAGUGACUGUUUACCACUUGAUACUAAAGAACUUCCUCGUUUGACUGAGAAAAUUUUAAUUGGUUUUGUGAAUCAAGCUUGUCGUGUCACCAUUGAAGAACUAAUAGAAUUCUUCAAUCCAUGUCAAUUUAAGAAAAGAUUAUCAGAAUUUAAUACUUGUAAAGAAAUGAAAAAGGAACUACCCACCAGUUUUCCUAAUACAAAAAAAGUUUGUGAUUUAUUGAAGUUGGUCAAGAAAUGUUCGAAUGAUGUUCACAGUGCUACUUGUACCAAUCCAGUAACUUUGAACGCAUUUGCCAAAUUCCAUAAAACGAUUGAGGAUACCACUAAAGACAUAUGUGAAAAUCCAGCUCAUAAUGAAGUUUAAUAAUGGCAGAAUUUUACACACUGUAUAUGUAUUUAUGAUUAAUGUUUUUAUCCUUGAUAAAAAGAGAUCUAUCACGUUUUCAAAUAAAGUAAACUAAAGUAUUGGUAUGAGUAAAA